AUGGGAGUAAAUGCCCUUUUUCAGUUGACAUCAUAUUUGGCUAGUGAAUUUCCUCCUGAAGUUAUUAUGUUGGAUGAUGUGAUUCCGAACCCAGAUAUGGACCCAGUAAUUGUGAUUCCUGACUCUCUUGUUAUACUUUUUGGGUUUGGUUCGGAUGCUUUUUCUGUUGAUCAACUUUUCGAGACUUUUUGUCCUUUGAUUGCUCCCUCACACAUUGGUUCUUCCUGUUUUGUGGAUGGUGUGUCCAUAGAUGUUCCUUGUGCUAGUCGGAAAUAUGGUCGUCCUUCUUUCAUUUUGUUUGAAGAGGAGUUGGACGAGGCAUGUCGUCUUAUAGCCCGUGUUGAGAACAUCAUAUCUACCAUGCUUGAAAGAGAUCUUAAGUUCUUUGAUGGGUUGUUAACCUUACGGGAUCAGUUACUAGUCGUCAAGUUUAAUCUACGGGUUGCCAAAGGCAUGAAGCUUGUUGGUGAAGAGAUGUUGUUGAAGGUUAGGGAAAUAUAUGCUAAUCUAUCAAUUCGGUAUUAUGACAUUGUGGCUAAGGUUGUCAUGCCAGAGAAUCAGAAGUCUCUUGUUGAAGCUUACUAUGCGGCAUGUCUCCAGGAGAAAGAUGUAUCAUCUUGCCUCUAA